AUGCCUGAAGAGACUCCGAGCGCAGGCGGCGGCGUUGGCCCCAAAACGUUGCCCAAACAUGAGAAAGAUAUCCCCUUUGAACUGAACAAUUUGAGUCCAGAAAUAAACGGGAACCUGGACGAAUCGGAAAAGCUGGUGGAGAGGGGCGUGGCCAGAGCCAGCCAAUCAGCGAAGCCGUUUUUGGUGAAGACUAUGGAGAAUUUGGACAAACAAUUACAGACGAACCCAAGCAACUUUACAGAAUUCUCCAGCUCAAAGUCGAGUUUGGAAAGCGGCGAUAGUGCGGAGGAGGGGAGCACGAGACUGUCGAGCUCGCCCAGUGUCUACGAUGGGAUCAUGUACAGCGGGGACGAGGCGGGCGCGGAGAGGAUGGGGGUCCCGCGGGUCAGUUUGGACAGUGUGAACGUGAGGUGGUCGGAGGACGGAGAGGACGAGAGGAGCGAGGUGUCGAGGAGGAGCGUGGCCCAGUCCGUCUGCUGCUGCUUCCAGGUACUAACCAUGUCGAGUGGUAGGAAACAGGCACAUUUAUUUAUGUAG